AUGUCUGAGCCUCUUUCCGCGGGCAUCCACCUCGUGACGGCCUCUACGACCGAUAUCUCCUCGAUUCUCGAUGGCAUAGUCCACCUCCACGGCUCGUGCAUCUUGAACGACGGCACCAUGGUCACUUUCCUGCCGCCGUUGUCACACGCGCAGAUGUACCAGUGGUGGGAGGAGCGGUUGCGAGAGGUCAGCAGCGGCCAGCGCCAUAUUCUCAUACAUGUAUCGAAGACCGAUGAUCGCACAGCGACGACGAGGGCAGCCAAGGGGGAGGAGGAUGUUGUUGUUGUUCCGGCGUCGCCGUGGGAGAGUGAGGGACGGAGUUGGCCCGUCAUCCACUCGACGACGAACCCAGAACAGGAGCAGCAGCAGCAGCUGGAAAUCUCCGGCGUCGUCUCCCUCAGCACGCCCUUCUCCCAAACGGGGCCCUUCCGCGCCCUCGUCCAGAAACUCUUCGUCUCGCCCCUCCAUCGCCGUCGGGGUAUCGCCAGGCAGCUGAUGGCCCGGCUUGAGGGGUUGGCUGUGGAUCUGGGGAGGUGGAAUCUCAUGCUCGACACCGAGGUCGGGUCCGGCGCCGAAAGCGUCUACCCGAAGCUCGGGUACGAGAGGUUGGGUGUUGUCCGCGAGUACGGCUAUUCGCCGAGGGAUGGGAGAUUGGUGGACGAGGUGUGGUUCUGGAAGGAUCUGAGGAAGAUGAAGAGAUUGGAGGAGGUCGAGGUUGAGGGUUAG